AUGGCCGAUAUACACCAAAGCAUCUUCCUCCUUGGAGCUACAGGGUACUUGGGAUCCCAACUUCUCGUUCUGCUAUCUGCCAGCUCUAUAAAUUAUCAUGUUGUUGCACUCGUGCGCGCCGCUAAUCAAGAAAAGGAGGAAAAAUUGAAAAGCAUCCACCACAACCUAUCCGUGGUCAAAGGAUCGCUGGACGAUCACGAAAUCAUCACAGAGCAAGCUUCUAAGGCCAAGUACGUGAUCAACUGUGCUAGCUCAGACCACCCAGGCAGUAUCAAAGCCAUUCUUGAAGGUCUUGAAAAGCAAUCUGCUAACCGCCCAGGCGACCCGCCUGUAUAUAUCCACGUAUCAGGACUCGCGCUGCUCAACGACAAUGCUAGAGGAGAGCUCGUCCCUGAGGACCAGAUCCCUAGAUACACCGAUAUCGGAUUCAGCCUCGAUCAAGUCCCGGACGACGCGCCCCAUAAAAACUGUGACAGUCUCAUCGUCGCUGCUGGUACCAGAAGGCAGAACCCCGUGCGCACCGUCAUCGCAUACCCGGGAUGGAUCUUCGGCGUUGGUGAAGGAAUAAAAAAGUCGACACGUGCCAUUGACCUCUUCCUGAACACCUGGAAGCCGAUUAGAUACGCUGGGACAUGGGGACCAGGUCACAACUCGAUGAACAACAUCCAUGUUAAAGACGCCGCAAACGCGUUGUUGCUCAUUCUUCAGGCAGCCAUCGACGGAAAGGCAGAUGAAGGCGCGGAAGGAUUCUACUUCCUCGCAGGCGAUGAGCCUAAUGUCACUUUCCACGAUAUCGCCACCGUCAUGGGCGACAUGAUGUUCGAAAAAGGCGUCCACAUUAAAGGCGGGUCUGAGGCACUCCCCACGUCAAUCACAGAACCAUACGGAGAAUUUUUCUGGAAAUUAUUCGCCGCCAACCACCGAGCAGUUCCGCAGAGACUAAAGCGCCUGGGUUGGAAAGCCACAGAGACUUCAAAGCUGCCACUUCUCGAGUCUUUGCCCAAAGAGGUAGAGGCGGUCCUGCGGCAAGCCCAGUAA